GGGAAUCCGUCCCUUCGUAUUUAAGCAGAGCUCGGAUGCUGCUGUGGAGGAAAUCGGUAUCCGGGGAAAAGGGCAAAAGUUUAUCAAGUGAACAGUAGCUUCUGUCUGCUUUCUGAGGAGUAACGAGCAGCUAUUACCCCGACUGUGCAGCGCUGUUCCAUUGUUUUAAACAAAUGCCCAGAUUAGAGGAGCACUGCUGGAGUUGCUCUUGCACCCGAGGAAGAGACCAAAACACCACAAAGAUCAGCAUCUGGCUGGCACAUAGAGCUGGAGAAGCCAUGUCCUCCCUUAACUCGCUGAUCAGUCUUGCCUACACAACUCUAGCCAGCAGCCAAGGCCGCAGCCUCAUCCGGCGCAGCGUGGUUCUCUUUGCUGUUGGAGCCUUCCUUGCGUUGGUCCUUAAUCUACUACAAAUCCAAAGGAAUGUAACUCUGUUUCCUGAUGAAGUCAUCGCCACCAUAUUUUCUUCUGCAUGGUGGGUUCCUCCAUGCUGUGGCACUGCAGCUGCUGUGGUCGGUUUGCUGUACCCUUGUAUCGACAGCCGUCUUGGAGAACCACACAAGUUCAAGCGUGAAUGGGCCAGCGUUAUGAGAUGCAUCGCUGUUUUUGUUGGCAUUAACCAUGCAAGUGCCAAACUUGAUUUUGCCAACAAUGUUCAGCUCUCCCUAACACUGGCAGCCUUGUCUUUGGGUUUGUGGUGGACAUUUGACCGUUCCCGGAGUGGUCUGGGGCUUGGCAUUACGAUAGCCUUUCUCGCAACGCUCAUAACUCAGUUUCUUGUCUACAAUGGCGUGUACCAGUACACUUCUCCAGACUUUCUGUACAUUCGUUCUUGGCUGCCUUGCAUAUUCUUUUCUGGUGGUGUCACUGUUGGAAACAUAGGACGCCAGUUGGCAAUGGGUCCACAGGAAAAAACACACACAGACUAGAUGAAAAGGCCAGAAUUUGCACCAAUGUACAGGGAAAUUACUGUCUCUGCCUCUGGAAAAGCAUGCAAUGUGUUACUGAGUAACACCGAGCACAUUUUCAGCUAUGAACUGUGAAGACUGUUGCGUUUCUCAUUUCUGAAUUUUGCAUCAUAAGGUGUGGAAGAAUGUUUUGCUUUUUUUUUUUUU